AUGAGGACGAUGCUGCAUGCGGUCGCCAUCGUGCUGACGGUGCUGUUGCUUCUCAUCAGACCUCGAUAUACCUUUGCAGCAGUUUGCUAUAAGCGUGUAACUACACCAUUCCUGCCAAGUGGUAAGAUCAAAUCCAAUAACUCCACCAACCUGGCGUGCCACGCGUACUACGCCGACCCUAAAUACAAACGAGACCCGGAGAUCGAUCUUGAUGAUGAAGAAAUAGGAAAUCAACCUCUUGAAUAA